CGGAGGCCCCGCGAGGCGUCCAGUUCUCCCUCCGCAGCCCCGACCCCUCCACGAGGACCCGCCCCCUGCGCCCGGCUCUCGCCGCGUCCCCCGCUCCAGGCGGCCAGGGGUCCCCUGCCGGGCGGUUGUCUGUCCCGACCGCGUAGUCCGGGUCGGCCCGCGCCCGGGGGAGCCCUGCCGGGGCGCGAUGGCCUCGGAGUCGGUGAAGGUGGUGGUGCGCUGCCGCCCCAUGAACCAGCGGGAGCGGGAGCUGAACUGCCAGCCCGUGGUGACGGUGGACUCGGCGCGCGGCCAGUGCUUCAUCCAGAACCCCAGCGCCACCGACGAGCCGCCCAAGCAGUUCACCUUCGACGGCGCCUACUUCAUGGACCACUUCACGGAGCAGAUCUACAACGAGAUCGCCUACCCGCUGGUGGAGGGUGUCACUGAGGGCUACAACGGCACCAUCUUUGCUUAUGGCCAGACGGGAAGCGGAAAGUCCUUCACCAUGCAGGGCCUGCCCAACCCACCCACCCAGAGAGGCAUCAUCCCCAGGGCCUUCGAGCACGUUUUUGAGAGUGUGCAGUGUGCGGAGAACACCAAGUUCCUGGUCCGGGCCUCCUACCUGGAGAUCUACAACGAAGAUGUCCGUGACCUCCUGGGGGCUGACACCAAGCAGAAGCUGGAGCUGAAGGAGCACCCGGAGAAGGGAGUGUACGUGAAGGGGCUCUCCAUGCACACGGUGCACAGCGUGGCCCAGUGCGAGCGCAUCAUGGAGAGGGGCUGGAAGAACCGCUCGGUCGGCUACACCCUGAUGAACAAGGACUCCUCGCGCUCCCACUCCAUCUUCACCAUCAGCAUCGAGAUCUACGCUGUGGACGAGCGGGGCAAGGACCACCUGCGGGCAGGCAAGCUGAACCUGGUGGACCUGGCGGGCAGCGAGCGGCAGUCCAAGACGGGGGCCACCGGGGAGCGGCUCAAGGAGGCCACCAAGAUCAACCUGUCGCUGUCCGCGCUGGGCAACGUCAUCUCGGCCCUGGUGGACGGGCGCUGCAAGCACAUCCCCUACCGCGACUCGAAGCUGACGCGGCUGCUGCAGGACUCCCUGGGCGGCAACACCAAGACGCUGAUGGUGGCCUGCCUGUCGCCUGCCGACAACAACUACGACGAGACGCUCAGCACGCUGCGCUACGCCAACCGAGCCAAGAACAUCAAGAACAAGCCGCACAUCAACGAGGACCCCAAGGACGCCCUGCUGCGCGAGUACCAGGAGGAGAUCAAGAAGCUCAAGGCGAUCCUGGCCCAGCAGAUGGGCCUCAGCAACCUGUCAGCCCUGCUGUCCAACCAGGUGCUCCCAAAACCUGUCCAGACUGAGGAGAAGCCAUGGUCCCCGCCUGCGAUCCAGCAUGACACGGAGGCUGAGAAGCAGCUGAUCCGGGAGGAGUACGAGGAGCGCCUGGCCCAGCUGCGGGCCGACUAUAAGGUGGAGCAGGAGUCCAGGGCCCGGCUGGAGGAGGACAUCACUGCCAUGCGCAACUCGUACGACGUGAAGCUGUCCACGCUGGAGGAGAGCCUGCGCAAGGAGACAGAGACCAUCCUGAAGGCAGAAGUCCUCUUCAGCACCGAAGUCAUGUCCAAGGCCGAGUUUGCCAGCGUGUCUGAGUGCACACCUGCCUUCCAGUACGAGAUGCCGGUGAAGCCCGAGACGCACUCCAUCAGCGACCCUCCACCCAGCGAGGGCGUCUCCACGGCUGGGCUCCCUUCCCAGUGUGAGGACCUGCCCAGGGCGGGGACCUCCAAGUCCGACAGUUCCUUGGGGUCUGAUGAGUCGUCCACACUGGAAGGAACCUCCACGCCCGAGGCCUUCCCUGGGCUCCAGGAGCCCCCCACCCUGGAGCUCCCCUCUGUGCCCGAGGUGGAGGCGAAGAGCAAGGACUUCCUGGAGGAGCUCAGCCGGGAGGCCCUGCUGGGGGAGGAGCCCUUCCUCCAGGAGGAGGAGCCCCAGCUGGUGCCCCUAGAGCUGCUCCCCGGCCUGCACGACCCCUUUGCCGACGUGGAAGCCAAGCUGGCCAGGCUUUCGUCCACCAUGGCCCUGGCAGACGCGCCCCAGACGGACAUACCCAAGGUCCCCAUGCAGCACCCCUCCCUGACAGAUGUCCCUGAGCUCAGUGACUUCGGGGCUGAAGAUGAGGCAGAGGGCGGCCUCCUGCCCGAGACAAAAGCGCAGCAGGCCCCAGGGCACGAGAGGAAGGCUUUAAAUCUACUCACAUUUUUGGAGAGAGGAAGCUACCUGCCAACCUCUGGACCUGAGCUCUGGGAGGCUGACCUGGGCCAGGAAGGGGACAAAGACAAGGUGUUGGCAGCAGAACCUGUCGGGGGGCCCGAGGCCGAGGUCCAGCCCCUGCUGGCCAUGACGAGUUCGAGAAGGGACAGUGUGGAGGUGGCAGUGCUGACCGACGACCUGAUGCCCAUGGUGGACCAGCAGCAGGUGCUCGCCCGUCUGCAGCUGCUGGAGCAGCAGGUGGUCGGUGGCGAGCAGGCCAAGAACAAGGACCUGAAGGAGAAGCACAAGCGCCGGAAACGCUACGCGGACGAGCGCAGGAAGCAGCUGGUGGCCGCCCUGCAGAAAUCGGACGAGGACAGCGGGGACUGGGUGCUGCUCAACGUCUACGACUCCAUCCAGGAGGAAGUGAGGGCCAAGAGCAAGCUGCUGGAGAAGAUGCAGAGGAAGCUUCGGGCGGCAGAGGUGGAGAUCAAAGACUUGCAGUCGGAGUUUGAGCUCGAGAAGAUCGAUUACUUGGCCACCAUCCGCCGGCAGGAACGCGACUUCCUGCUCUUCCAGCAGCUGCUGGAGCAGGUGCAGCCGCUGAUUCGCCGGGACUGUAACUACAGCAACCUGGACCGGGUCCGGCGCGAGUCCUGCUGGGACGAGGACAACGGCUUCUGGAGGAUCCCGGAGCCCGUGGUCAUCAAAACCAGCCUCCCAGUAGCAGUUUCAACAGGGCUGCAGAACAGACCAGCCCGCAAAACCUCCGCGGCAGACAGCGGCGAGCUGGGCAUGGAAGAAGACCGCUACAGGCUGAUGCUCAGUCGGAGCGACAGUGAAAAUAUUGCCAGUAACUACUUCCGGCCAAAGCGGGCCAACCAGAUCCUCAGCACAGAUCCCAUGAAGAGCCUCACCUAUCGCAGCUCGCCGCCAGGCCUCAGCUCCCCCCUCGGCAACAGCUCUGCCAUGCCACCCUCCCAGGCCCCUGAGAUGCCCCAGCCCCGGCCCUUCCGCCUCGAGUCCCUCGACAUCCCCUUCACCAAGGCCAAGCGUAAGAAGAGCAGAAGCAGCUUUGGCAGCGAGCCUCUGUGAA